AUGCAGUACAUAAUGAACGAUCAGUUUUUUUUAAAUGUUUCCAUUCAUGCACCAUUUGAAGAACUCAAUUGGUUACUCUUUUCGCUAUUUGUUUGUGGUACAUUAAUCGAUUUAGAUAGUGGUCUAACAUUUUCAUUAACAAAUUUUAAUUCAUGGAAUUUUAUUGUCGAAGUACCAUAUUCAGAUAAAAUUCCACUGUCUAUUGAACAAAAUUUUAAUCAAAUUCUCCCAUUAUUAUCGCUUGUAUGUCCAUCAGGUUCAACAGAAGAAAUUACAGCUGAAAAUUAUCAGUUGUUUAUUGCCGAUUCUGAAGAAUUAGUAGCGAGAUUUUUGAAAGCAUACGAUGACAGAACAAUCGAUAGAAUGUGUAGUAUUCGAAAUAUGAUCGACGUACCCGUGGACUUUCCAAGGUUAUCUGACGAUUAUCAAUGUCGUAUUCAAAUAUAUAAUGCAUUAAAACGAUAUGCUAAUGAAUUGAAACAUAAUAAAAUCAUCGAAUUAUCAUUUACAAAAUUUCUUUAUCGUCGUAUUUUGUUUUUCAUUGGAUUUUUUUAUCGUUACAAUCAGACAAUAAAGCUUUUAGGCUCAACUGUAAUGAAACAAAUGAUUGAAGAAGCUAAACAAAUGGUUAACAUUGAUUUUACCGAUGGAAAUUUUCGAAAAGUUUAUUUAGUUUAUGAUCCGGAAUUUUCAUUACACAUUUUACAUUCAAACUGGAAUAGUGUCAAUGACGAAUUAAAAAAAUUAUUUAAUUAUAAUGAUCCAUUGAAAGGACCUGAGUUCAAAAACAAAGAUCCCUUUUGUAAAUGUUUGUCUUGGUUAAUUAAUAUUCCGUAUGAACAAUUUGUAGCACAAUUAAAUGAGACAAAAUUUGUUUUGACCGAAAGUUUCAUGUACAAAUUGUUUCAUGUUCAUGAACGAAAGUUAACAAGAAUGCCAUUGAUUAUCGAAGGUGUUGGUAAAACAUUUUUGCUAAAAUUUUAUUCGUCGUUGUUGAAUUGUAAAUUGUUGUACGACCGAUCUCUUGAUAUUGCACCUCGAGUGAUUGAACACACAAGUCAAUGGUUAUUACUCACUAUAAUCAAUGGUAUAAUUGAGCCGGAACAAUUCUUAUUGCAACAAUUUCUCCAACGACUAAAACUAAAAUUGAAUGAAGUAGCCGCUGCGAAUAAUGAGAUGGAAGAAAAUAAUGUUAUUGAGAAUUAUGCGGAUAUCAACGACGAAGUGAAUGAAGAUUAUUUCGACAAUGAAAGUUUACAACAUCGUGAACCACAACCUUUAGCUAUUCCGCCUUUUGCCCAACAAGAUGUCAUUCAGAAUGAGCCGAUUGAUAAUGUAUUAUUACAAGAAAUCAAAUUAUCAUUGCAAAAUUAUAUUUACAAUAUCGACAUAUUGAAACAAAUAUGGAAAACUAUAUUGACUGUUACACAAGCACAUGCAUUGAAUUUGACUCAACGUUUAAUCACUGAAUUACAUGAACAUAUAACAUCAGAACUGGUUAGAAUACCGUUGAUUGAACCAACGCCUCAAUUACAGAGUUUAUUAGAAGAAACUCGAUCACAAGCAGUUCAAACAAGUAUUCAAAUUUUCAAUGAAUAUAUCUCCUAUACAAAAACAAAACCAUUAUUCUAUCGUUUACUAUUACAUCCUGGUGUAACAGAAGAACAAUUAGAAGAAUUUAUGUUUCCUAUAUGUGAAUUGGCUAAAGAUGUACCUGCUGUUGAAUUAGUGGUAUUUUUCGAUGAAGUGAACACAUCGUCUUGUUUGGGAUUUUUUAAAGAAAUGUUUACGGAUCGAACAAUGCAUGGUAAAGAAAUACCAGAAAAUAUUUUUUUUACAGCUGCUAUUAACCCACAUACAGAAUCAAGUGAAUCAAACGACAAUAAACAAAAUGAAAUGAUUGUUCAUCGUCGACAUUAUUUAGUUCAUCAACUACCGCAAUCGUUGGAACAUUUAAAAGUUCGUUAUGGUACAUUGCCAAAUAAUCAAUUAUAUGAAUAUAUACAACGAAAAAUUAAAAUGUUUACUAUUCAUUUAGAUAAUAAACAGAUGCCAUUAGAAGAUUAUGCUCAAGGUAUCUUAUGUGAUGCGAUACUGAACGCACAAGAGUUUUGUGCAAAUCGUCUAGGAGAGAAUUCUGUUAGUCAACGUGAAAUUCAACGAUGUUUUCAUAUUAUUGAUUUUUUUUGGAAAAUGAGAUAUGAUGAUGAAUUUAAUGAUCAAGAUGAACACAGACCAAAUCCUGUUACUUGUAUUGCAUUAUCAAUCGCAUUAAUCUAUUAUUUUCGUUUACCAACGCGUGAAGAUCGUUUACAGCGACGUGAUUUAACUUCACCAACACGCGAAGAAUUUGCAGAAACACUUUCAAAUUGUAUAGGUGAUUUUGAUGACAUUGUACAGAAUGAAUUAGAAAAAUUUGUGACAAAUGAUAAUUUUUUAAUACCUAAUGGUGUAGCGUUAAAUCAAGCUGUUCGAGAACAUAUUUUUUCCAUUGUUGUGAGUAUCGUUACGCGUACGCCACUGUGCAUUAUCGGAGCACCCGGUCAAUCAAAAACACUCAGUUUUCAAAUUGUUUUACAGAAUCUUCAAGGACCACAAUUAUCACUAAAAUCUUUUUGUAAACGUCUUCCAGCUGUUGAUCCAUUCUUUUGCCUUGGUUCUAAAUACAGCCGUUCAGAGGAUAUAGCAACAAUUUUUGAUCGUGCCAUUAAACGCGAACAACAAUAUCAACAAAAUCGAAUGGAGACAAGAUGUGUCGUAUUCUUAGAUGAAGCAAGUUUACCCGAUGAGAAAAAAAUGGUCUUGAAAGUAUUACAUCCAUAUUUAGAUGAAUGUAAAGCAGCAUUUGUAGCCGUUUCAAAUCAAGCAUUCGAUGCGGCCAAUGCAAAUCGUAUGAUGUGUGUAUAUCGUUCAUUGCCAUCAGAAAAUGAUCAAAAAGUUCUUGCUUACGGAUGUCUUGGUCUACAUUAUUCGAGAGAACAUGAACAACAAAUAAAUCAACGUUUAGAAAGGAUUAUUACUGGUCUUAUCAAAGGAUAUCGACAAGUUUUACACUCGGAAGAAAUUCCACAUAUAUUUCACGAUCGAGAUUUUAUAUAUAUGUUACGUGAAUUACGUUUUGAAUUAGUUUCAACCAAAAAUAAUAAUGAAAAUGAAUGGGAUAUCGGUGUUAAUGGAAUAUCACCAAUUAGUUUAUUACGAUCAUUAGAAAAUAAUUUCAACGGUAUUAGUAAAGAACAGUUUCGAAUAUUAGUAAACAUAUUUUUUCGUUCGAUUCAAAGUGAGUGCAAAGAACAAGAUUUUCGUAUGCCACAAGAAACACAAUAUCGUAAUACAAUAUCGAUUUUACGUGAUUCGAUGCAAUUGGAUUCAAAUCGUCGUCGGCUGUAUGGUCGAUAUAAACUUGUUAUUGAUGAAACAGAAGAUGAAUCAGCGGCACGUCUAUUAUUCCAAGUAAAUGUUCUCGAUCCAAAUCCAGACAAAACAACGGUGUUCCGAAUGUCUGAUUUUGUUGAUGAUAUAAACAAUGAAUUAAAAAAUGUUGAAAUACUAUCAACAAUUAAAUUGUGUAUGGAAACGGGUAAAACAAUUUUAAUGAUUAAUACUGGACGUAUUCAUGGUUCGUUGUAUGAUGUAUUUAAUCAAAAUUUUAGUAUUAUGGCUACAGUGGCAAUUGGACCCAAAACACUGGAUUGUAUCGUGCAUGAGCAAUUUCAGUGUAUUGUACACAUCAAACAGAGUGAAAUGAAAGAUAUUCCGGCUCCAUUUUUAAGUCGUUUUCAAAAAUAUUCAUUAAGCAUUAAUGAUUUUUAUCGUAUUCAGUUAGAAAAAUUAUCGAUAAAAGAACAAAAUAUCAUGGAUAAUGUGGAAGCAAAAGCAAAAACAUUCGUUCAACAUUAUGGUCAACAGUAUGUUUAUGGUUUUACAGAUAAUACACUUUAUUCUUGUAUGUUGUCACUUAUAAAAACUCAACAAAAACAGCCAACUCCGCUCGUUACUCAACUGAUACAAAAUGAAGAAAGUGAGCAAAAGAAAACAGAAAAUAAUGAAGUAGAAGAGACAGCAGUCAACGAACAAGAACAAAACAUAGGAAGAAUGGAUACAAUGGUUUACCUCGGUGUUCACCAGUAUUCACAAUUGACAAUAAAAUCAAAGUCCUUGAUUGAACAAAAUACCACAGAUAUUCAACAGUGUUUAUUACGUUCUGUGAUAUCACGCUUAAUUCAACUUGUAACAGCCGAAAGUUUAGCAUUGAAACUACCUUCAUUUGAAGAUAGUGUAGCACGAUGGAUAUGUACCGAUUAUUUUAAUAAACAAGAACAUUUUAAUAUUGAAAAUUUUGUUCAUCAAUUAUUAUCAGUAUUUAAUGAUGACUAUGAAGAAUUGCUUGACGAUCAAAAUAACAAUAAUGAGAUAGACAAAAAUAAUUCAAUAACAACUAAAGUAACUAUCUUUACACGUACAUCAUCCUACAUAUUAGGAUUGAAUAAACAAUCAAGUAGUCAGCUCUUCAGUGAAGAUAAUAUGCAAAAUAACAAUGAAAAAGUCGAUAUAUUAAAUCUGGCUGCCGUUGAAAAUUCGUAA